AAGAUCAAGAAGCAAAUCGAAUUUUACUUCUGCGACUCUAACCUGCCCAAGGACAGAUUUUUGUUGUCAAAGACGAAAGAGACACCCGAGGGAUGGGUGAGCCUUGAGCUCAUCGCCAGUUUCAAGAAGAUGCGUGAACUAGGAGCGACCACCUCGAAGCUUGCUGUGGCUGCUGCUGCAUCGGACUUCUUGGAGGUGGAUCAGGAAGUCACCAGGGUGCGCCGAACUACUCCACUGCCUGAAACGGACGUGACUAUCCCACGAUCUUUGCAUGCCAAGGAAUUCCCUGGAGACACGGGCAUUGAACAGCUCGAGUCCUUCUUCUCUGGCUACGGAACCGUUCUGAGCGUUAGAUUGCUCAAGGCGGACAAGAAAGCAAACGCUGAUUCCGAUACUGCUCCGAUUUCAGCUUUCAUUGAGUUUAGCAGCAAGGAAGAAGCUGAAGCAAUCUGCCAGAAAGAAAUCUCGUUUGCGAAUGCAAAGCUUGAAAUGGUCUCAAAGGAGGAGUACCUCAAGCAGAACCCUUCUGCCAGCAGUGAGAAUGAGAAGGCGAAGGAUGGA